UUCACAGAUCCACUGGCACAAAGGAGGUGCUUGUCAUUCUCAGGACAACUAAGAGCGUUUAAUGAAGUGAGGAUUGAUACGGCUGCAGGCACUGCGGAGUCACGGAGGGAACGUUUUGGGUUCUGAGCUUUAGAUUUGACCUGUUUUGAGGGAAAUUUUUUCUCAGUUUACUUUAGGGAACGACUGAUGGAAAGGGCAGCUUGCUAGGGGGUCAUCUCCUGCAGCAAGAUGUCCUUAUUAAUGAGCCCGUGGACUUCACACAGAUAGCAAACAAUUUAACUGAUUUACAAGGACAACAGUGCUCAGCCUGCCUGGUCACAUGGCGUUCUUCAGACAGCUGAAGCUUCUUCUCUGGAAGAAUGGACUGGGCAUCAUCAGACAGCCGCUGUGGUCCAUUACGCUGAUUGCCUGGCCUUUGAUCGUCUUCAUCCUCAUCGCUGUGACUCGGGACCAUUUCCCUCCGAUUGUAAGAAACACAUGUUAUGUUGGACCAAGGAACCUACCAAGCACAGGCUUUUUCCCUUUCCUGCAGACCCUUCUUUGCAACACAGACAGCAAAUGCCACAACACAUCCCGCCUGGUGCACACAUCUUCAUCAAAGUCAUCAAGAGAUCGAAGGUCUGCUCCUUUGCCAGAUACAUCUCCAUUGGCAAGUCUGAUGCAAGGAAAGGAGUUUUUCAGCCAGGCUUUCCCCAGUGACACUCAAAAUGACCCUGCUAAGUUGGUUAAGUUCAUGGAAAGCUUUAUUGGUUCAUCUAACAGAGCCAACUAUACAAAUGUUCCUUUCAUGGUUCCCCUCAACACCUCUCUGCCCGAUCAGGAAACCAUGAACGCAAUUAUGGAGUCAGUGAACAUUUUUAAGAAAGCCAUCUGCACUGUUACACUUCCUUGGAUGAACCAAACCUCACCCAACCCAGUCACCCAUGCCAUGGUAACUUUCUGCAACUCCAACAACACUGUGUUAGAAGCCUCACUUCAAACACUGAACAAGGUACUAACAGAGCUAAUGGUAACCGAUCCGGAUGACAUACUAAUGCUGGCAGGAGGGACAGUGAUGUUUUUCGAUCAGCUGCAAAAUGAGACAUCAAUGUGGGAAACCCUCCUAGGCUUCCCCAAGCUCUUCUCUGCCAGUUCUCUUGAAGACAUGCUGAACAACACACAAACCUUACUCACAAACAUGAAGAGCUUUUUGCGUUUCAUCCAGAAGACCUUCCCUGACUCUGCUGACUUCAUCUGCAAGGUACACCCAGUGCUUGAAGAAAGCUUUGACGUCAUCCAGUAUGUCCAGAACUGGCCCGGACAAGAUGUUUCGAUAACCCUUGGAGACAUUGUCACAUUAAGGAGUGACUCAGUCAGUGACAUUGUGAGACGAAUCCUACAGGAGGUUCACAUACCACUGCACCAGGCUGUAGGGCUGAUGUGGGACAAAGACAUGGUGCGCUCUCACUUGUGCUGCAACAGCAGCAACACGAUGUGGUUAACAGCAGCAUGCAGCACAGGCACCGUGGAUAUGCUCCUGAGUUGGAUUUGUCCUGACAAAGUGGCAAAAGAGGUUUUCCUGGCAUGGACCAAGCAUGUGGCGGCAGAUGAUGUGUCCUUUGUGAGACAACUGGUGCAAAGUCUCAUGGGAGGUUCAUCGUCAUGGAAACAGGAAGUCUCCAGGUCAAAGCGCAGCAUAGGUGCAGAACCACAAAGUGACGAGGCAGAGCUGUUUAUGGGAGUCGCUCAAGUGCUGCUGGAGAUUGCAAAAAUUCAUCCUGAUUUGGACAAUGUUGUUCAGAGAGCUCUCAAAACCAGCUUCCACUCCAUGAAGGCAGCAAGGGUGACUUUGGUCACUGUAGAAAAAGUGAUGAGCAAUGCCCUGGAAGACGCACAAAAUCUCCAAAUGACCUACCACAUGCUGCAGAAGAACCAGUCUGAGGCAACAACUUGGUUUAGCCGGGUAAUAGACAGUGUGGUGGAAGUCAUUGAGGAGGCGGUGGAGUGUGAGGAGUGUGAGGAACUUUUUGAGCCCUUCGAGUGGCUGCUGUCCUCCAAGACUGUAAAGAUAGAAGUGUGGAAGUCUAUGUUCUGCCAAAACAUCCCUGCACUGAAGCAUGCUUUGCUGAUGGACUGGAAUCCUGUAGUGCAAAAGGCAGAAGAAGUGUACUGCAUCCUCACAGGCCGAGCAGACUUUAACCUGACACUUCCCAUGAUGCUCUCUGAGUGGAACAACUUGUUCAACGCCAGCAUGCAAUUUGGAGAAUUUCUGCAGAGAUUCAUAACCCAUCUGGAUCGAGACUACUGGUUGAACUGGAUCCCUGGCCACCACACACAUGACUUCAAGGAGACACUUCAACAAAGUCUCAUCAUGUCAUUGGAAAACCUGGGAGAAGAGCUCGAGGAGAGUGAUUUGUGGCCCAGCAUGAAGGAUUACUUCCACAUCACUUACUGGAUUUUGAACUACAGACCUGGUGUUGAAAAAGACCCACCAAACUGCUGUGUCAAUGCCCACUCAAUGGCCCUUCAUUGUAACACUGAUCUGGAGUGGUCGAAGUUUGUCAAAGCAGCAACGGAUGCUGUGAUGUCACCAAAUGAAGAGGUCCUUCUGAAUGCUUUAAGAGGAACAGUGAGUCUGCUGCAGCACGUGUACGGGGAAGUCUACAAAAACCUGACAGCCACGUAUUUAGAACAUAGGAUUGAAGAGGGAGAUGCACUCUCUGCCCAUCUCCUUAAGUUGGUUCUGGACCUGGAUGGCUUUGUCCAAACAAUCAUUGCUCUGCCUAACCAAAAUAUCUCAGACCCCGCCGUCAUAGGUCCACUCAUCAGUGAUUUGCUAGAAUCCGCAGGUCUUAAACCACUUCAGCCUCUGCUCUUCAGAAGUGUUCCGGUUAAUGCCUCCACAGUGCUCGAUGCAGUCUUACAGAUAAUCAGGCUCAACCCCCAGAUAUUUACCUCUAGAGAAACCGACUUAGCAAUGAAAGGACUGGAGCAGUUAAUCAUGGAGUUCCUGUCUUUGGAGAGUAACCUGACACUUUCUUUCUCUGACAUCUUGAAACAUAGUCUGCUAACAUAUUCAGCUUCCAUCAAACCUGGAGAUGCUGCCUUCCUCAAAGAGGCACUCUACGGUUUCACCAACCAGUCCUUUGAUGAAGUCAUCCUUGGUGCCAUGAAGCUUCUGAAAACACUAGCUGAUUCUCCAGAUGGUGACCCAACCAACAUAAUUCUUGGAUAUUUACGCCAGCUUCAAGAGAUUGUAACUUCUCUCUUCAGACAGCAAAAAAUAGAGCAUCUUCUGUCAACCAAUGGCCAACUAACUGCUGCUCAAGUCACUGACCUUCAGGCAGCCGUCAUGGACCUUCUUAACUUACUCAACCCUGACAACCCCCAGGGUCUCACUCAGGUUGGACCAGAUGUUGCCCAGGACCUUAUCAUUCAGAAGUUGGUGGCAUUCCUGCCGCCCUAUGUUCAGGAAAAUGCUACUUACUUUCUGCAGAAGUUUAAAGCUCUGCAGAAUUUGGUCCCCAAAUGUGAAGAAGGCAAUAACUGCUUGGAAGGAGUCUCAGAAAUCUUUACUUUGCUUGAUAACGUAAUAGAAUCCAUUCUUGCAGUGGGUGGAGAUGCAUCUGUCACAGUGACACUGACCAGCAAUGUCCCCUGGAGCCAGGAGCUGGAAGAAUUUAGCACAAUAGUGUUCUCGCUCAUGCUGUCACCAAAUGAUGCAGACCGUUUAGAAACAUUCAAGCAGACCCUUUAUUUCAUGAAAUUAGUCACAGAGAUGCAAAACAUCACAACAUCUAGUCUCGAGAACAUUCUGAAGCAGUCAAACCUAACUGGGUUCGAUCUUCAUGAAAUUGCAACACUUGCUGGAGCUUCCAACCUGAACGAUCUGGUGGAAAAGAUGGUGAACAUUUUCACUGACAUGAACAAAACGUGUUCUGGACAAGAGCAGAACCUGACAAUGACAUCGGACUGUCUUCUUGGAUUGAUAAAUGACAUUAGCAGCUUUCUGGCAAACACACCAGCACUCCAAAACGAAACAACCCUCUUGUCUGUCAUCUCAGAUGUUGUCACAGAAACUCUUAGAGAUUUCAACCAAGUGGACUUCAGCUCCGAUCCUAACACUGCUGUUGUGCAAGCCUUGGAAACCAUCUUGACCAAUAUCAAGACGAUACUUCAACUCAACCAACAGAACAGUUCAGAUAUCAAUGUGGAAAUCACAAUGGUGGAGCAACUGAUACAAUUGAUCACUGACAUGGGGCCAUUUAACCGCUUCAAUACUACCUCAAUGGAGGACCCGCUUCAUACACAGAAAGUCUUCCUGGAGCUUGUGGAUUGGUAUUUGACAAAGCUGGAAACGAUCACCAGAAACAGUUCAGUCUCAGGGUUCCUACGUGACUUUUUCCACAUCAUGAGGAUUCAAGUGGCAGCCCAGCUGUCUCAGAUUGAGUUCACCCUGUAUGUCAGUGAGAAGAUUGAGCUCCUGGUGGACAGCCUUCAGUACCCAUUGGAUGGCGCAGACCUGAGUGUCAUUGGACAAACAACAAUUGAGAUCAUUCGCCACCUGUUGAACUACACAAACACCGUCAUGGAGCUUCAGGAUAACAUUCCAGGCGUGAAACAGCUGCACUCUAUUCAGCUUCAAAUCAGACUCUACCUUGACCUCAUUGAGAGAUGGAUAAAACAGCCAAACGUCCCAUUCCUCCUUUCUAGCAUGCUCCAGUGGGGAAACUCUUCAAUGACGUUUUCCACCCCUGUUAGAGACCUAAACCUUCUGCUACAGACAGUAGCUCCUUUGAUAGACGAAGAUGUGGCAGCAUCCCUCUUGACAAUAACCAACAUCACAGAGGCUUUCAACAAUGCCAUAAGAAUGGCAGAGCAACCAGGUGAAUUUCAGAGCGAUGACUUUAUAGCUGCGAUCCUAAGUGGCGUCCACAGAGUCCUGCAGAUCCCUGGUCCAGUCAUGGGGCCCCCUUCACCUGCUGUGCAGCAGAACAUCCUGGGAAUUGUGGAAGGUUCUCUAACUCUUAUUAUUAACCAGGGCAUGAGUUUUGCCUCGUCACGGAACAUUUCCCUACUCAUCCUGGAGAGAGCUGAGAAAGUUAUCCAACAAACAAUACUGAAAGACUUUGCGGAAUAUCUGCUGCCAAUGAUCGAACUGCUCACUACAUACUUUGAGAGUGCAUCUACAUCCAGCGGGCCAGAUCAGUGGAAUCAAAUAAUUUUGAAUGAGAUGAAGGCCAUCGAGAGCUUCCUGCCUCCAAACUCCACAGCUCAAUACUCCAUCUCUGUCCUCAUUAAGAUAAUGGACUUCAUCUUGAACCCUGGCCAAGGUAACAUGACUCUCUGGGAGAGUUUUGAGGGAACGUCAAUGGAAACUUUACCAGAUCUUAUUAGCAAGCUGACCAAACUUGUGGGAAUGUUCCUGCAACUUGCAAUAGAAGGCCCACCUUCAACAUCUAUGGACAAUUUCAGCCUUAUUGUUCCUACUUUGGAGCAGGUGAUGACUGGGAAUGCAAAUCAAGACACAUGGGACAACCUCGAACAGAUGCUGGAAGGCCUACUGUCAACUUUCGAAGAAGAAGACCUUUGGAGCAACAUCUCAUCUGUCAUGCCUGUUUUUGAAAAACUGGCUGAAGCUGUGUUGAAGAACAUGCAAGCAGAGAAUGUCAUGCUACAAAGCCUUCAGAUGCCCCUGGUGGCCCUGAUGAGAGACAUUGGGCUGGCUGUGAACACCAGUCAUCUCAACAUGUCUGAGCUCACAGAGGGAAUGCAGCUUGCCAUACAAGGAACUCUUCAAGCAGCCCAGCAGGCAAGUGGCCCACUGAACUGCAGCGAGGCCCUUAAAGCCUGGGAGCCUUUUGCAGAGGCAGCAGGGGUAAACCUUUCCACAUUUGCCGUCUGGUGCAGCACCGGCCUGCAGCCUGUUUUGGAUGCCUACGCAGCAGCAAUCACUGACAUGUCCCACCUGAACAUGAGCCACAUGGGCAUGGAACCAAUAAGUGUGAGCUUGGCAGCUGGCAGGAUUGUCAAAACAUUACAGUCUCUCUAUCACGUCAGCAUUAACCGCACAGAUGUGAUACAACAGUUCAUCAAGACUCUCUCCAGCCAGUUCCUGCAGCUGACAGGCAUGCAUUUGAGCUACGAGGGACACAUAUCCUGGUACUGGCUGCUCCAGGACAUGCAGUUGCAAAGCAGUUUGAUUUCCAUCAGACAGCUUUCAGAUGAAUUGCUUGAUGAGGCUCCUUUCCUUCAGCCCUACGUUGAAGCUGCGUUCCAAGCACUGAACCACGUUCUGGUCAACUACCAUCUAACUGAAAGUAGCAGCUCAUCCCAGGAGCUCAUUGAAGAGGCAGCAGUGAUCUUCCUAAACUCUGCCAACAUCACUUUGAAUGACAUCUUCCCCAUGGUGUCAGGAAAUGCUUCUGGAGUUAAUUUGGCCUUUUUCGCUGACACAGUGGAAAGGAUAAUUAAACUGAUUGUCGAUACAAGGGCUUUUGGACAUUCACCUGUGGUGUACCAGGCCAUGGAGCACUUCCUGGCAACGAACGGCACUUACUUGACGGUGGAGCGCGUGUACGAGAUGUCCGUGUGGCUGGCCUCAACCGAAACAUUUGGACUGGAAAUGCUGAGUCAGGCUCUUUCCAAGAUGUACGGAAUCGUCAGACUCCCACUGUCUAUUCUGACCAGAGUGAGUGUGGACGUGGAUACUGCAGUGUACGAAGAGCUGGUUGGGAACAUGUUUGCAGCUUUUCACCAGUUUGUUAACACUGGUGGUCUUCCAACUCCAACGUCCAGCGGCUACCAUGAAGGGAGGAACAGGCGGAAACGAGACCUGUCAGUGAUGAUGACAAGAGACCCUGUGAACGACAUCAUCGAUAUGUUUCAAAUCGACUACCCAGCCAUGUUCAGAGCCGUCUCUGUCCCUCCGACCACAGCAGACAUCACGGAGACAGCCCAUGUGUUGUUUUCGAAUCCCGAUAUGAAUAUUGUGAUGAAGGGAGCAACAAGAGGCAUGCCGUGGGGCUUGAACGCUUCGCGAGAAGACACUAUUGACGCCACCCUUGGGAUGUUUGCCUUCUUUACUCAUCCUCAAGUCUUUGAGACGCCAUCAAUGGAUAUCCUGACAAAUGCUGCUGAGAUGCUUCCUGAUGGUUUGCCAUUUGCCUCUGAGAUCAAAACCAUUAGCAGGGCACUGGCAAGUGAAUCUCCAG